CAAAACUCCCUUUGUCCCCAUCCAAAGUUCGCCCCUUCUCCGUUGCUGCACCCGACCCGCGCAGGGAGCACCUUUCCAACAUGCCCUGUCUGCCAUGUCCGUCAUGGAACUGCCCUUCGAGUCUCGCCGUCACUCAUCCCCACCAGACCGACCCAUCCACAGGCGGUCAUCUUCACUUUCGGCUGCUGCCGCAUUGCAAUUCGUUUCCUGCCAACACCGAGCAGUAGCCGGCCACACGCUGCAGCCCCUAUCCGCCUAUAGCAUCCUCCUCAGGCCCGAACUGUUCGACAUCCAAGGCCUCCCCUCUCCCUUCAUGCCCGGCUGCUGUGUGUUGAUGUCCAUCUUAUCCUAUUCUACCUACUUCUCUGCCUUUUUCUUACCUCCCUCGAUGUAGUCCGCUGCGCUGCCUGUCCCCAUCUUAGCAUUCCGCCCGCAUGUCCUCUUGUUUGGGCGCCUUCUCUAACCAGGACGCCAUGCCUUCUACAGGUCCGGAGCACGACCGACUACACCCCCAACCAUAUUUUUUAUCCGGCCACGGCUCCGUCUAUUACUCCCCGAGACACGCGGCC